GCACUUUCCUGCGGCUGCCGGAACUAGUGAUGUGGCCCCGGUUUUCCCCGCCCCGAGAGGCGAUGUCGGAAGAGACUCGAGAAGUGAGAUUGGCCAGAGCCAGAAAAAUGUUAAAGGAUUAUCAGGUCCGAACUGGUAGAAUUCCUACGGAGGAACCGUCAAGGAAGAAGACACGGAAAAUCAAAAAUAGAGCUAGCCCUAAAUCAACAUCUUCUGGGAACAGUAGCUCAUCUGAGGAGAUUGAGGACAUUCUGAAGGUGCUGGUAUCCGACCUUAACCGCUCCAAUGGGGUAGUGCUAUCCCCAUUGGACAAGUGGAAGGUACCCCCAGAUCACACCACUCCUUCAGCGCAACCUGCGAACGCUACCACAUCUCCUGGUAGUGACAACAGUCCAUCCAGACAGAACCCUAGUGGAGAUGUCACCGCUCCUUCCGUGCAACCUGCUCGUGAUGCCAUCUCCCCUGGCAGUGGCACCGGUAGUCUUUCCAGCUCUGAUUCUAGUCAUACUUUAGUCCUGGCUCCUGACCAGGACGCGACACCCCAGAAUCAGAACCUAAACAAUGGUACCAAAUCCACGGAUGAAAAGCUACCUUUGUCAUCCACUGAGAGCCUGCGUCAGAUUUCAGAACACCUCAAUGGGCUUAUAUCCGAGUCAUCCUUUGUCAGCGGACAAGGCUUCACAAUAUCCAGCAUCAAAGAGCUGGAGAACCGGUACCAAGAACUUUGUAAUGCCUUGGAGUCCAGUAACUUUACAAACAAACAGCUCAGUAACAAGAUAGAGGAACUGAAACAACAAAACCAGGACAUCAUGGACCAACAGGAAAAGGAUAAAAAAGACUAUGAAGAGAGUAUGAUGAAGGAACACGUAGCUCUCAGGCAACAACUGGAGGUUCAUAUACAAACCAUAGGGAUUUUGAUUCAAGAGAAGGGUGACCUUUAUUCAGCCUUGUACCACACCCAGAAUGCAGUAAAAAGGAAAGAAGGAGAGCUGGAGGAUGCUUGCUACCACCUGAGGGCGUGCCGACAGCGCUUGGGAGACCUGGAACACACACUCUCCACUGUCACCAAGCAGCACCAGCAAGCUGACAAGAGUAACAAGGAGUUGACCCAGGAACGAGAUAACCUCAGGCUGCAGUCACUCAAACUGAGCGCUAAAAACGAGGACCUAACCCAGCACAACGCAGAACUGAUAGAGCGAGUGAGCGACCUGGUGAAAGAGAAGACAAGCCUGCAGCUUGAGGUGGAGGACAUGAAGAAGAAGAUUGAGAUGUCGGAGCUAUUGAUCCAGCAGUACACCAGCGUUGAUGUCAACAAGGUGAUCCAACAGCUCCAGUCAGAUAAAGAACAGCUGGAGAAAGAACAGGAACAGCUCAAGGGGACUGUUAAGCUACUGCAGAAAGAUAGAGAUCAUUACCUCGAGACUUUGAAAAAUGAGAGUGCUGUUUGGCGACAGACUAUGCAGCAACUGUCAGAGCAGGUGCAGACAUUGAAAGAAGAGAAGAACCAAAGUGUGAUUCAAGUGCAGGAGCUGGAGGCCAGCUUGGCUGAACUCAAGAAGCAGCUAGCUGCCCCCCCUGCAGGGCCUCCCUCGGGCCCCGCAGAGGAAACACUUCAGCUUCAAAUAGAGACUGAAAGACUUCAUGCGAAGGUAGCGGAGCAGACGGCGCAACUGGAGUUGCAGCUGAAGGAGAAGGAAGACCUGGUCCUUGCCUGUCAGGAGCAGGAGAAGCAGAUGAGGGAGCUUGAGCGGAUAGCGGAGUUGUGGCGUGAGCAGGAGGCAGAUCGGAGCAAGAUUCUGGAGACCAUGGAGAGCAACCACACCACCAUCAGCAUCGCCCUCACCCAGAACAAUGAGCUCAAGGCUCAGCUGGCCGAAUUGCAGAACGGUUUCAUAACAUUGACUAACGAGAAAAUGGAGUUGACUACCUCUCUCCAGUCGGAGCAACAUGUCAAGAGGGAACUGGCCAAGAAGUUGGGCCAACUUCAGGAGAAGCUGGAUGACCUGAAGCAGACGGUGGAAGCCAAGAGUCAAGAGGCCCAGGGUCUGCAGGAGCAGCGAGACCAGUAUCUGAACCAUCUGCAGCAGUACGUGGCCGCCUACCAACAGUACGUGGUGUUAUAUGAACAAAUGGCCCAGGAGAAGGAGCAGCUGAGCAAGCAGUUACUGCUGCAGGCCCAGCACGAGGGCGCCCCGAAGACGAUGGAGGCUGAUGUGAUCACCCAAGAGGUGCAGGAGACACGGGAGCACCUGGAAGCUUCCAGCCAACAGACCCUGCAGCUGCAGGUCCAGCCCAGCCCCAAGGCGCAGCUUGAGAAAGGAGCCACACUGGCCUAUCAGACGAGGGAGGAGAGCGCUCUGGAACCAGCACAGAGCAUCCCUGAAGACAUGGAUAGUAAAGAGGCCCAGGUGGCCUUCCUCAAAGCGGCUCUAACCAGUGCAGAAGAAGAGCAGGCCCGGCUGAGGGAGGAGCUCAAAAAACAAGAGUUGCACUGCCUGCAAUUGGCUCAUUUGGAAGCUCCGCUCCCCAGGACUGGGGAGAACGGCUCAUCUGGGGAGACCCACCAGAACCUCCAGGAAGCCAUGGAGAAGCUACAGGGACGCUUCUCCGUGGUCAUGAGAGAGAAGGUAGACUUGCAAGAGCGCCUGGAGCAGCUGGAGCACCGCUGUGUGCAGUUAUCCGGAGAGACUGACACGAUUGGUGAGUACAUUGCCCUGUACCAGAGCCAGCGGGCGGUGCUGAAGGAGCGGCACCGCAUGAAGGAGGAGUACAUCAGCCGACUGGCCCAAGACAAGGAAGAGAUGAAGUUAAAAAUGUUAGAGUUUCAAGAGCUGGUCUUCCGACUGGUCAAUGAGAGAAAUGAAUGGUACCAGAAGUACCAAGCCUCUUCGCAGAAGACAGCUGAUGCUGAUGGACCCACAGCUAUGUCCCCACCAUCCCUAGAUCUCGGAGAGGUCUACGGCCCAGGCUACCAAGAAGUCAGCCUGGCGGAGGCUGUGGAGCCCGUGCAGGGAGAGGCUCUCUCAGGCCUUGAAGCCUCAGAAAAUUCCACUGCACAGCAGAUUUUGAAGCUGCUUAAGGAGAUCCAGUAUCCACAGGAUCACCCAAGUUUGGGUGACAGUCCCUGUAUUCCCUUUUUUUAUCGUCCUGAUGAAAGGGACGAGGUGAGGGUCUUAAUGAUCUAAGCCUUGCAAUGGGGUCAGGGAAAUGUCCCCUUCCACGGCACCCCUCGCCUGGCACCCUACCCCAUCAUUCCUCCUCUGCUGGGUUGUAUACAUGACAGAGGGAGGGAGACAGGUGUGCCAGCGUGAGGCCGUAGCCAGGCUCGCUUAUCUCUGUAGUGAGUUCAAGAAAGUUAAGGAAUAAAAAGACAAAAAAAAAAAAUAACAAAAGCAAAAAACCCUAAAAAGUAACAGAAAACGAAAGUUAAGGAAGUGAGGCAGGCCUCCCUCGAGGGGUCUGAGUCAAUUGACUCCGUGGCAAUGAUUUUGUUUUUGUUUUUUGUUUUGUUUUUUUUUGGGGGGGGGGCCUUUCUUGGUAGGGUUGCAAAUAUUUAAUAUAUUAAGGCCUGGGCGUAGGCAUUUCUAUUAAAAACGGGCUAAGGUUUUUCUUGACGGGUGGAGGGAUAUGUUUAUUUAAGUGGAGAGGACUGGGAGCUAUUUAAGGGGAGGGCAAAAAAUUUUUUUUAAAUAAAUAAAAAUUUAAAUAAACACAUAAAGUGGAGGGCUUGAGGACAUCCGUAGGAGGGGCUGCAGGAAUUGCUGAAGGGUAGGGGCUUUAGUGAUACACUUCAAGUGAUAGACACAUAUUUAUAAUGGUAUCCUGUAGAAAAAGGGCUAUCUGUUCCAUUACGCCAUACGGGGUAUAAAUAAACGUUUAUUUAAGUUGA